AUGGCGAAAAAAAAGAGAAAAUUUAUUUCGAAAAAAAAUGCCUUAGUUUUCAAUUUAGUUCAUCGAAGUCAACAUGAUCCGUUAGCAGUUGAUGAAAAUGCUCCGCAAUAUGUUUUAAAAGCAUGUAGCGGAGAAAAAAAUAAAGAAGAGGAACAAAAAUAUGGAAUAUUUUUCGACGAUGAAUAUAAUUACAUGCAACAUUUAAAAUCCCUUAAUGAACCCAUCACUGAUUGGGAACAAGUCAAUUACAAAAUUGACGAUAAGCAAAAAAAUAUCAAAACCUCAGAAAAUGUUAAAGUACUCUUACCAUCCUCUGUUUUUGAAUCAGAUUUUGAAGAAUCAGUAGGAUAUUUAAAUAAAGCAGCUCCUAUUUAUGGUCCAAGGCUUGAUAUUGAUCCUGAAAUUGUGGCUGCAUUAGAUGAUGAUUUUGAUUUUAAUAAUCCUGAUAAUAUUCUUGAAGACAACUUCAUUGAAAUUGCUAAUCAAAUAAGUUCAGGUUCUUCUAAUGAGGAAUAUGAUGAAUUCAGUGAUGAGGGUGAUUUACAAAGUGAAAAUGGUUUUGAUGAAACCAAAUCUUUAUUUACUGAUUAUUCUCUAUCAAGCUCUGUCAUUAGAAGAAAUGAACAACUCACACUUUUAGACAACCAUUUUGAAAAGGUUUUUCAAAAGUAUAAUGACAAUGAUGUUGGAUGUUUACCUUUAAAUGAUAUAGAAGGAACAUGUGACAUUGAAAAUCUUCAAGUAUUAGUAGAAUCUGAGGUAGAUCUUAAACCAAUAAAGGAAGAUGUAAAAUUAAAGAAAAAAAUUUUACAAGCAGCAACAAAAUUAGAAUCAAUUGAGGAAGAAAUUGAUUUAAUUCCUGUUAAAGAUACUAAUGAUAAAUGGGACUGUAUGAGUAUUUUAUCAACAUAUUCAAAUUUAUACAAUCACCCAGCCAAAAUUACAGAAAAACAGAAUUCUGACAAAAUUGUUAUUAAUAAAAAAACUGGAGUUCCUAUGGAUAUUUUAGGAAAUACAAAACUUACAUCAUAUGCAUUAUCAAAACUCAAUCAAGAUGAUAUAAAACCUCAAACAAAAUCUAUAAUAUCCCUUGUGUCUGAACUUUCCAUUCGACCAAAAAAUGAAACAUCUGAUGAAAAAAAAAUAAGAAAACAAAAUAUCAAAGAAUAUCGGCGUGAAAGAAGGCAAGAAAAAAAAGCGAAUAAGUUAGCAUUCACUGUAGAAAAAUGCAGGCAAGAAAAACAUCUUGCCAGUUUUAAAAACAAUCAGGGAAAAAUAAAAUUAUUUUAG